AGUCCAAAUACACCUCAGGAGGCACUUGAGCAUUUCAUCCAUCACACAUUAAACACAUUCAGAAACUUCCAACUUUACAAUUUCACACAAUGUCUUCUCUCCCGCAGUCUACCGAGGCUGCUCGCACGGUCUGCGCUGGAGUCAGCCAGGACCCUUCCGAGGCCUACAGCGUUACUCCAAGCCCUCCUAGACAUUCCAAGGUUCAUUUCGCACGAUCGCGCUCCUCAAGUCCUGUGCAUGGUGCUCAUAAUGAGCUGGAAGCCUCCAGUCCUCCGUCAAGCCCUGCAGAGUCGCAGCACCCACGUAUUCGAUCAGAUAGCGUCCAAAAUGGGUUGGCUACUUCCAGCCCGCCGCCAAAACCGCAGUCUCUGGACGCUCCGAAAUAUCCAGUCGAGGCAGACGGUGCUGACUACCUCCCGCCUGGGUUCCAGGCCUUCCCCAAAUGUUGUUAUAAUUACGAGUCCUUCAUCCCGCCCUCUCCUCCGCCUGUGGUUCCCUGGUCACGCAGGCAGCUCUAUAAUACGAUAGUGAAUACCUCCCCGCCGAUAUUUCUGAGCUGCAGCUGGACCAACCCCAUACACCUAGCCUGUGUCAUAGCGCCUGGGGGCAAGUGGUCGGCUACAGAAACCAUCGCAGAGAAUAUGACACCAGCCGUGUACCAUGAAUAUGUGGAGAACCUCCAGGGUUGGAAGAGGGUGGAAGGCGUGCUUGUUGCUGGGCUUCAGCCCAAAUUAAUGGAAGAGAUGGAGGUCUGCACGAGGAAUAAAUACAGGGAAAGGCACGAGAGGCGCGUGGGGGAAGUUGCGGUGGAAAUCGACGAUGGGGACGUGAUUGAUGUUGCUGCGUAUAUGUAUCAGAAGGCACAGGUAGCGUAGUGGACACCACCGGAGGUGGCAUUCUGUUCAUGAUA